AAAGGCGGGAUUUACAUUUUUUCUGGGCUUGUUAUUGGUUGUUUUUUUUUCCUUCGCUCCCUGGCACCAGAGGCUGAUCCACCAAACGGAAGCGACGACAGUGUCAUAUUUCAAUGAGAAAAUUGUGAAAUUCGAGACCUAGACGUAGAAAUUGUCCCAGCCCCCAGCCAAGAUGAUCCACAGCCUGUUCCUGGUCAACGCCUCAGGAGACAUUUUUCUGGAAAAACACUGGAAGAGCGUGGUCAGCCGCUCCGUGUGCGACUAUUUCUUUGAAGCCCAGGAGCGUGCCACUGAACCGGAGAACGUCCCGCCUGUCAUCCCCACGCCGCACCACUACCUCAUCAAUGUUCUCAGACAUCGCAUCUACUUUGUGGCAGUCAUCCAGAGCGAGGUGCCGCCACUCUUUGUCAUUGAGUUUCUGCACAGAGUCGUCGACACGUUCCAGGACUAUUUUGGCGUAUGCACAGAGGCCGCCAUUAAAGACAACGUGGUUGUGGUCUAUGAACUUUUGGAGGAGAUGCUGGACAACGGUUUCCCUCUGGCCACUGAGUCCAACAUCCUCAAAGAGCUAAUCAAGCCCCCCACCAUCCUCCGCACGAUGGUCAACACCAUCACAGGCAGCACAAAUGUAGGUGAACAGCUCCCUACUGGUCAGCUGUCAGUGGUGCCAUGGCGACGCACCGGAGUCAAGUACACCAACAAUGAAGCUUACUUUGACGUGGUGGAGGAGAUUGACGCGAUCAUUGAUAAGUCGGGUUCCACCAUAACUGCAGAAAUCCAGGGAGUAAUUGAUGCCUGUGUCAAACUGACUGGCAUGCCUGACCUGACAUUGUCAUUUAUGAACCCUCGACUGCUGGAUGACGUCAGCUUCCACCCGUGUGUCCGAUUCAAGCGCUGGGAAGCUGAGCGUAUCCUCUCCUUUAUCCCUCCCGAUGGAAACUUCCGUCUACUCUCUUAUCAUGUCAGCUCUCAGAACCUGGUGGCCAUUCCAGUGUACGUCAAACACAACAUUACUUUCAGAGAAGGAAGCUCCCAGGGCCGUUUUGACUUGACGCUGGGCCCCAAGCAGACCAUGGGCAAGGCUGUGGAGUCGGUGCUGGUCAGCAGUCAGCUCCCCCGGGGUGUCCUCAAUGCAAACCUUAACCCCUCGCAAGGAACAUACACCUUUGAUCCAGUCACAAAGUUAUUGAGUUGGGAUGUAGGCAAGAUCAACCCACAGAAGCUUCCCAGCCUGAAAGGCACCAUGAGUCUUCAGGCGGGAGCCUCCAAACCUGAUGAGAACCCCACCAUUAACAUUCAAUUCAAGAUCCAACAGAUGGCCAUCUCAGGGCUGAAGGUAAAUCGUCUGGACAUGUACGGUGAGAAAUACAAACCUUUCAAAGGCAUCAAGUACAUGACUAAAGCUGGGAAGUUCCAGGUCCGAACAUGAAAAGACAGCAGUUCUGCCCCCCAAAACGGACCAAACCUCCAUGAGACUGACUGCGGAUGUAAUGCAUUGGAUUCAUAUAUUUUCUGUUUACACACGUCAACAUGUAUUUCCGCAUUUGUAGCAGUAACAAAAUGAUCAACUUACUGCUAAUGUAUUCCUACUAACUGAAUAUUUAUUGAUUACAUUUAGGGUAAAAUGGCGGUGCUGGUCUGGUGCUGUUUACAUAUAGAAAAAAAAUACUAUUUCCUUGAUUGAAAUGACUAUGGUCAACUUUGUUGCACACAAAUUAUUAACAUAUUUUUGUUUUUCUAUAUUUUUCUUCCCCCACUACCUAGUUUAUUCAUUCAUUCAUUUUCUACCGCUUAUCCUCACGAUGGUCGCUGGGUUCCUGGAGUACACCCUGGACUGGUCGCCAGCCAAUCACAGGGCACAUAUAGACAAACAACCAUUCACACUCACAUUCAUACCUAUGGACAAUUUGGAGUCGCUAAUUAACCUAGCAUGUUUUUGGAAUGUGGGAGGAAACCGGAGUACCCGGAGAAAACCCACGCAUGCACGGGGAGAACAUGCAAACUCCACACAGAGAUGCCCGAGGGUGCAAUUGAACCCUGGUCUCCUAGCUGUGAGGCCUGCGCGCUAACCACUCGACCACCGUGCAGCCUAGCUAGUUUAUGUGUGUUUAAAAAAAAAACAAACUAAUAUUUCAGUGCAAAAGUGCUGUGUGGACCAUUUUUAUUUCUUAUUUAUUAUUUUGAAUCCCUGCUUCUCCACUUUCUGCAUACUUUUACCUGUAAAUUGACCAAAAACAGGAAUAUAACCCACUGUUGUACUCGUAUUACAGUACUGAAAGAAGCUGAUGUUAGUUACAGGCACUUUCAGCAGUGGUGUUAUGGACCACUACUGAAAAAGAAAAAUACAUUUCAUGUGUGUGUGUGUGUGUGUGUGUGUGUGUCAGCAUCCUGCAGCCUUGUGUU